CUAUCAUGGUUACGCCUACGCAUCUCCUGACGGCAUCAUUUCUGUACGCUAUCGGGAAUACUCCAGCCGUCAAUUUGACUGGUCCAGUACCUCCUGAUCAAAAUGCGCAUGUGUUGCUACUGGGGUGUGGGGACGUGCGGAAUGUCCUCUUCUCUGUCUAUAUGGGCACUGGAAAGGAUCGCAAAAUCGAUUUUACGUGCUGUGAUAUUCAAGCCGAAAUUUUAGCUCGAAACAUCAUCCUGUACACACUGAUACUUGAUGAUACCGAUGGCGAGAAUUUCGAGCAGAUAUGGAACAUCUACUACCAUGUUCUUGUCGAUGAUGAUUCCUUGAGCCUCCUUCGAGAGCAGGCUUCGAAACUACUCAAGGUAGCAGCUACAGCUGACGGAUGGAACAACGGAGAAUAUGGGGCUACCCUUCGCUUCUGCGAUAGCUAUACCUUCUUUCAUGUCGCGAAGCUCUGGAAGUCCUACACCUUGCAGCCGUCGCAUGGAGAGUCCUUCAAAGAGCAACAGGAGAGGCUUCACCUUCGUAUUACAAAAGCAAAAGAGAUCCAGAAGGACGUAGUGGGGAACAAUACUGUUACCACGGGUCUUCGAUCAGCAGCUCCUCGUACUGAUACCGCUUUCAAAGACAUCAAUGCUUCGUACGAAGCUUUUUGGGAGAGUGGAUUAUCCAAGCUUAACCAAGCGAGACCCACAAAUCUCAACCCCAUGUUCGACAUAACCGACUCUCAAUGUAUCUUGCACUAUGGAACAGAUCCUGUUAUUGGCUAUCAUCUUUCUACAGCAUAUGUUGGUGUUUCAGGGGAGUCACCGCUGAAUGCGAAUAAGGCCAACUCGAAACAAAUUGGUACAUGUUUUAGCGUCGCUCUGCACCAAUUCCGUGAAUUUAGCAAGGCGUUCCGUGAAUCUGCAUCAUCGCUGACAUUACGUUUCAUUACCACGGACGCUAUGGCUCUCUGUCACACUCUCCAGCACAUACAAAUCUACAAAGCCAACAGUGCUGGAUGGUAUCGUAGUUUCCGAACUUGGGAGCCCCUGAUUCUCGACACUGCUGACUAUGCCGUGGAGAGCACAGACGUUACUGCUCCAUUGUCGUUCGACGUGAUUGACACGUCCAAUCUGGCUGACCAUUUAGGAUAUCUGAACUUGCUUACCGCUGCCGGUCCUCUUUUGAAACCAAAGCCAACAUCCACGGUAUCGACUGAAGUUUUGGUGCAACGUGAGAUGGACGUUGAGCAACAUAAGAAGAGUCUCUUGUAUGGAGAUAUCCCAACGGUCGCGCUUUUGCUUGGCCUCAAUCCGGUGGAGAUCUGGACGGGCACAACUGCUACCUCUAGGUUCGACGAAAGAUUCAUGCUGGAUACGGCUGGUGGAUCUCAACCUGAUGCCCCCACAACGCAGUCACGAUUUGUCCUUCACUGGAAAAGCACAGCAAUACACGACAAGCCAACCGGGCAGCCAUCUCUCACAUUCGAAGCCAAGGAGCUUGCCGGGCUUUUGCUUCAAGUCUACAAAGGAAUGUUUCGUGAUGAGGACCCGACAAGCUGGCUGAGUGAUAUUGUGGAUAAGCUGCAGCGAAAGACAUACGGAUACUACACGAGGUCAAGCCUUAUUGCAAUUCUUAGCCUCGUGCGCCGGCGGAACAUGGUUGAUUGGGAUGGCUUCAUGGGUGAACUUUACGAUUUGAUAAUGAAUGAUGCCUCUAUGGAAGCUGGUGCAAGCUAUGCAGCAGAGAUGAUAGUUCACCUGGAUGUUUUGGGGUUGCGUCCUAUGAUUGGUACCGAGCUUCCUUUGCGAGAAGCAGUCAAUCACCCUCAAUGUCCGUUACGCCACUGGAAAGAUGUACCUUCAUUUUUGUGUGUCACGAUGGUUGUUCCGCGCGAGAAGCUGCGACCUUUCAAGCAUGCAUCGAUCAAAAAUGGAAGUCCGAUUGUACAAAUGGUUCUUCGGGAUAUGGACAUGCAAGCUCAAAGCUUCUAUCUGAGUAUCCAAGCCCGCUUUGGACACUUGAAAGCACUUGGAGACAGAUAUUCCGAGGAUCUUGCUUUGGAGAUCGAGGAAGACGAGCGCAACUGGGAUGGCACUGCGCCCAUGAUUGUGUCUGCCGUGGUCCCAGCAUCGGUGGUUCUUCAGAAGCUUGACCUGUCGACUGAGGCCAUGUUCGCUCUUAACCAAAGCCCUCAUUCAAUUGCCAUGUUUAGUGAUAAGUUUGGCCUAGAGCUCGCUAUAAGCAAGUCAACCCUUGCUGGUAAAGAUGUGUACAUCACCAAGAACCGCCCGAAUAUGUCUACGCAUAUGUCAUGUUCGGGGAUUAGCCCAUCCGUACAGGAUGCUAAGCCAUCCUCAAUGCCGUCUGGAUCUCGCAAGGACGCAACUUCAAUCCGGUUCCAAGCACAACUCACCCCUGACCGAUCGAAGCUGGCAAGCGUAAUGGCGCAUGUUGAUAUCUUACCAGGACAGUUGCAGGGCGUGCUACGAUCCGGAGCUGGUGUUCAAGCCUCGCAGGUCUCUUCAUUCGAGAUUUUGAUUUCCUUCGACAAAGGUCUGCUAGUUAAGAAAGUGCGAUUUCCCACGCCGAUUACCACCGUCGGUGGCAAGACCCGAGUUGCGCGGAAAUCCUCCUACAUUGAGUUCAUCGCACCCGUGCCAGCUCAGAAGGAGGUUGCUGCCUGCCCGGACAGCUUGUAUCCUAUGGCCCUGGAGAAAGGAUCGAUUGGCCUUCGCACACCUCACUAUGUCUCACUUGAUGUAUUACCGAUUCUCAGUCGAACGAAUCCCGCUGGAAUGUCAUGGCUGAUUCCGCGUGUACCGGACAUGUUUUCGCUCAGAGAACGCAAAGCGCGAGAGAUCCAGAUGGCGUCUGGGACGAAUGCUGGUGAUGUGCGCGUGAAUUUCAAAGACUCUCUCUUCUCAUUGUUUUCGUACUCCACUGGCAUCAACGGGGCGCCACGUCAUGAUGUGCUGGCAUUGAAUAACCCUCAGGAGGGCGGCGUUCACGUGUUAAUCUUCAUUUCCUCUCUCCGUCUGGACAUGUCCUGUCAGCAUAUUGUCCUGGAUGCCGCGGUUCUUCCGCUCUCAAUGGAUAUCAUGCCGCAAAUGGUUUCCCUGAUCGACACCAUGCAACAACGGGGCGUCAUGUCCAUCAUGGUCGACAAUGACGAACUUUGCAUGUGGAAGCACGCCCUACCCGCCAUGGUCGAGAGAUGUCGCGACUGGAAUCACAAGCCAUCAUGCGAAUACAAGACCAGCGGUCAAAUCCCCGUCUCCGUCGAGUUCGGCCAGCAACUGCUCUGUUCCUGCGGCAGAGGCAAAUUCCCCCCAGGUUACAAGACAGCUUUUCCCGGAAUCUGGAACAAACUUUCAAAGUAUGCCGUGAGAGCCGCCAUCGCGCCUCCCUUCCCCGUUCCAUUCGUGGAGCGUUCGCUCGAGCUGAAGGAUCUAGAUAAGCUGGAUGAGUGGCAGAACGCGGGGUCAGUUGAUGGGGUUGCAAAGAAACUCGCAUCUUUGAAACUAAAGAAGGGCUCUUGUUUCAGGUGUGAUAAGCGGAAGGACUCACUCCUUCGGUGCGGUGGUUGUAAGCUUGCGGAGUAUUGUUCGAAGGAGUGUCAGAAGGAAGAUUGGAAAGGGGGGAAGCAUAAGAUUAUGUGUCCGCUGAUGGGGAAGAAGUAGUCGCUAGCGUUUGACUAUUUGCAUGAGUGCUGUGGAAUAAUCUGAGUCCAACAAUUACAGAAUGAUGAAGUUCCAAAUAUAUCACCGCGAAGAUAUACAUAUAAGCGCCUGAAUGGGAGCUUCCCAUAUCAUGGUGUUCUACAUAGUCGACCCAACCUCACGACAUAUGCAGAAAGGAGC